GGAAAGACAAUGCACGACAUUUCGCCGCGCAACUUCUGCAUCAAGCAGAGGCGAGAUCAAACUUCCAAAAUGGAAGAGAGAUAACAAAAAGUGGGGCAUAGAUUUGACAGGUGAUGAUGACCUUAACCAAAGAUGAAGAUGUAGGACCCCCGACACGAGUUCCAGUUUUUUUAACGCAACGUACAGAAUCGAUUAUGGCCUAUGUCACAACUAGUACUACAUGAAGUCCAUAUCGAUGUCGUAGCUUUUGUCGAUCCCAGCAGUCGCCCAGUGGCGACUCUUUUUAUCAAGACUAAUAUGUCCUCUCCCUUUCGCGGGUGGCGCCUUUGCAGCAUCGCGACUGCCCUUCUAUCACUGGCGCAUGCUGUGAAAGGCACUACACCUCCUCAGGAUCAUGCCAUCGUAGACGAAAACUUGACGGCAGACAACGCUCUAGUAAAAGAGAUCGCUACUGCCGACAAGGAGGCUGCUGCGAAGCGGAAAGAGGCUUUCUUGAAUGAGAUUGGAGUCCAAGAAUCGGCUAUCAACACGUUCGAAACGACAUUGAAAGCUUACGGGGGCUUACGUAUAUUCAUCUUCCUUGGCAUCUUUGACCUCCACGUGUUUUCGUCGAGGGGAAAUCGUUAUAAAGAUACGCUUCAAGAACAAGAUGAAAGAAUCUUGGUUGUGAAUAUAUUUAUAGAUCUAAAAGUCGGACAAUGCAGCCUUGAAAGGAAUCCUAGCACGUGCAGAGGCGAAAGCAGCGGAGAGCAAAGCAGUUGCGAAAACGUUAGCAGAUGGGUUGGAGGCGUUGAAGAAACAAAAGGGGGCGAUGGUUAUGACAUGGAUUACCAUCAGGAUCAGAAAGAACUCCUAGAACUCCUUUUUAACACCACCUUCAGGUGGCAAGAACUGUAGAUGAGAAUUUUCUCUUUCUCUUAAGCCCUAGCCCGAGCCCCACAGCACUAGCCCUACGGCACUAGCCCUACAGCACUAGUCCUACAGCACUAGCCCUACGGCCGCCCUAGCCCUACGGCCCUAGCCCUACGGCCCUAGCCCUAAGCCCUAUCCUCCUGCUCAUCCUUGUUCUUCUAACUCCUUCGCCGAAGGGAAAGCAGCAGCCAGAAAAGCAGUAAUCCAGAAAUUUCGAAGUUUGAAUUUCGAACUCAAGGAAUGGGAAAAGGUAACCUUUGGCACCGAAAAUACUGGCAGAAACACGGCAGAUAGGAAAACAGAACAAUUUGCGGGACAUGUGAGUACUGUUUCACAACAUCUUUUUUUGUCCGUGCGUUAACUUACGUAGUUGAAGUUGUAGAACUAGAAGUAUAACUAGAAGUUUCGUUUGUGGUCUUGCCUACUUCUUACUCCAGAGAUAGUUUAGACAACAUUUGAAUAUUUUUUUACAGGAUUGAAACAAGCACGAGGAAGAACUCCUUACAGGAACAAGUAGAGGGACAGGACAAAAUUCCGAACUCCAAUUCACUGAAGAUCCCAGCUUAAAACCAGAUUCCCUCUACCACGCGGCCCUCGCGAACGAGCGGCAGGCUGCCACACUGCAAGAAGAGGCGAACGACUUGACCACGACAUCCACCGCAGUGUCUGAAGCUGCUGACGCCAAGGAAGGCGCUGGGGAUUUGCUAGGCGCUCAAUUGUCGCGUUCCGAAGCCGCGCAAUUGACCCUACAGGCCAACAGCAAACGCGACCUCGCUGAUGCCUUGUUGGCUGAUGCUGAGAUGUGGUCAAAAAAACAGAAGAAAAUGGAACCGGCAACAGAUGCGGAUGUAGAGGUGUUGCCGAUGAAGCCGAAUAAGCGGAUUAAGACUGCUAAGGAUUUUCUGGCAGCGAGAUGA